AGGCUUUCUCCAGGUGGGUCGGUCACGAGUCUCCGUUCCACAGAAAUUCGUCUGUCCUUUUGAAACGCGCCUAUCUAAUUUUACCCGAGUCUCUGGUUCGCCGGUGUGUGUAAUUUAAUCGAAGAAAAAUUUUUCGAUUCAAAAGUUUCUCAAAAAUUAGAAAAAAAAAGCAACACAGACUCGUACGUCCCGGCGUUGAUCUUCGAGGUAUCGGAAAAUUUCAAAGAAGAAGAGAAAGAUUUGGAGAAAAAAUUAACAAGGAAGCUCGGUAAAACCAUCGCUCAUAAUACAUCCUCGCAUAUAUGAAUAUAUACAAGUUACGUGAUCAGUUCUCUGCCGGAAGCUGGAAUUAACGCGGAACUACAGCGUACACACAUCUCUUGAAAAUGCCGUUCUCAUGAGAGCCGCGGCUCUGUCAUGGGAUUGUUGGAGUGUAGCCACGUUGGAAAGUGAACAUAAUACCUGACAAAAAUGCAAGAUGAGAAAAACCGCGAAAAAACAGGAUCAAGAUCCCGACGGUAGCGGUUGGAUUUACGGAUGGAAUCCCACGGGUAAUUCGGACAGGUCCGAAAAUUUUUUUCGCUCAUUGAACAGCCCGGAGGAAUGGAGGAGUCCGAGGAUAUUCGGAUACCACGGUGAAUUUUUGGAGAAAAAUCGACGCGGCCUAAAAAUUGGAAACGGUGGACGCAUGGCGAACGUGAUUCCAUGGCUCGUGUCGAUGUCCCUGAUCGGAACGCACAAUAUCGGAGCUCUGUCAAGACCGGACGUCAUUUCGCAAGAACUUUUACCGCCUCUGGACCCGACCGGAUUUUUAGAACCUUCGAGCGAAAGGUUCCUGGGAUCCGUGGGCGAAUCCAAAGCGUCUCCUUCCCAACCGUUCGCCAGAGGUGCGGGGGAUGAUUUUUCCGGUGACGGAGAACUCGGAGCAUUCGAGAACCGCGUGAACAAUCCGAAUUCCGACCUUGGCAACGUGGAGAUCAGGGCCGAGGAGUACAAAAAAAUUUACAAGUACAACCCCCGGGACGAGAACGACGGUUACAACGACGAGUACGCCGGUCCGGCUAUGGAGAAGGUAUACUCGUGGAAGAGCGUUGACUUCGAAUUCGACAGCGUCGUUUCGAGGGAGCGAGCGAUAGCGGCCGGUCACUACGAGCCGGACAACAGUCUGCCUCUGGGCGUCGAGGUCUGGGGGGACAAGAUAUUCCUGUCGCUGCCCAGGUGGAAGAAAGGGAUACCCGCCACCCUCGCUACCGUUCCGAGGUACCCGACCGAAGCCAGCCCCAGAUUGCGCCCCUAUCCGUCGUGGGCGUGGCACGAUCCAGGAAACUGCGAGGGUCUGACGUCCGUGUUCAGGGUGCAAGUGGACGAGUGCGAUCGCCUGUGGGUUCUGGACUCGGGACAGACGGAGGUGACGUCCGAUCCGAAGCAGACUUGCCCACCGGAGGUAUUUAUCUUCGAUCUGAAGAGCGACAAGCUGAUAAAGAAGUACACGUUGCCGGAGGACUUCGCGAAACAGGACUCUCUGUACUCGAAUAUUGCGGUUGACGUGCGUAACGGCGAGUGCGAGAACGCGUUCGCUUACCUGGCCGACGUAUGGCGUUUCGGAAUCGUCGUCUACGACCUGUUCAACGACUCCUCGUUCCGCAUCCAGCACCACUUCUUCUUUCCCGAUCCCCUCUCCUCGCGCUACGAGUUUCACGGUCUGAAUUUUCAAUGGACCGACGGAAUUUUCGGUCUCUCGCUGAGCCCGAUAGACGUCAACAACGACCGCACCCUAUUCUUCCACCCCAUGUCGAGUUUCCGGGAAUUCGCUGUAUCCACCUCGGUACUGAGGGACGAGAACGCCGCCGAGAAUAACCCGGAGAUGUUCGUCCCCGUCGGCAAACAGCGAGCUAAAUAUUCCGGUCACUCUUCCGGCUCGGCGAUGGACAGGAACGGCGUGAUGUUCUUCAACAUGGUUACCAGGGACUCGGUGUGGUGCUGGGAUUCGAGGAAGGAAUACAUACCGCAGAAUUUAGGUGUGAUAGGUCAGAGCAACGUGUCCCUGGUGUUCCCGAACGACAUAAAGAUCGACCACGAACCCGAACAGAGCGUCUGGGUUCUGUCCAACAAAUUGCCCUUGUAUCUGUACGACCGGCUGGACAAGGGGGACGUUAACUACAGACUGUUCAGAGCGAACGUUAAACAGGCGAUUCAGAACACGGUGUGCGAUCCGAACUACGUCGUACCGCCGUCCGAACAGAGCUACGACGAGACGUGCUGACCUAUUCGAAGGUCGCGUUUCGUCUGUCAAUUUUACACGGGACGAUGUAUUUUAUUAAUUAUUUUGUACAUAAGAUCUUCGAUACGUUU